AUGUACUUCUCCAAGCUAUCAGCCCUUACCCUCCUCCCAUUUCUCUCCAUAACCACCGCCCUCUCUCUGCGCUCUCCAACACGCACAAUCGAAGCUCGCUCAUCAACUUGCACCCCAGUAGCAGGAGGAAGUUCUUCAACAGAUGAUGUGCCCGCCAUCACAUCAGCGCUAGCAACAUGUGGCGAUGGUGGUACGAUCGUCAUCCCCGCAGGAAAAACAUACUACAUCAACAGCGUGCUCGACUUCUCAUCAUGCAGUGGCUGCGACUUUCAAAUCGAGGGCACGCUGAAGUUCGCUUCGGAUACCUCCUAUUGGGAAGGUCGGACCGCAAUGAUGUACGUGAAGGGCGUCACUGGGAUGACUUUGCAGUCCCUUACUGGGGAUGGACUGAUUGAUGGAAACGGACAAGAUGCAUACGACCUCUUCGCCUCAAACAGCAGCUACGCACGCCCAACCCUCCUCUACAUAACAUCCAGCACAAACAUAAAAGUAACCGGCCUAACACAAAAGAACCCGCCAAACGUCUUCAACUCCGUAACAGGCACAAGCAGCGAAAUCCACUUCUCGAACCUCAAAAUGACCGCCGCAUCCAAAAGCACCAACCCCGCCAAAAACACCGACGGCUUCGACAUCGGCUCCUGCACAACCGUAAGCAUCACCUCCGUCUCCGUCUCCAACGACGACGACUGCGUAGCCUUCAAGUCCGGCGCAAACUACGUUACCGUCUCAGACAUUACUUGCACGGGCAGUCACGGGCUGAGUGUGGGGUCGUUGGGCUCAAAUGGGGCUGCGUCCGUGAAGAAUGUGUAUGUUUCGGGCGCGACGAUGAUCAAUUCGACUAAGGCGGCGGGCAUCAAGACUUAUCCGUCUGGUGGGGAGCAUGGGGUUGCGACGGUGAGUAAUGUGACGUGGAGUGGGGUUGUGGUUGAGGGGUGUGAUUAUGCGAUUCAGAUUCAGAGUUGUUAUGGGGAGGAUGCGAGUUAUUGUGAGGAGUAUCCUGGGGAUGCGGUCUUGAGCGAUGUGGUCUUUGAAGGGUUUAGUGGGAAGACUAGUGGGACGUAUGGGGCUGUUACGGGGAAUAUGGAUUGUGGUGCUGAUGGGAGUUGUGGGGUCAAGGUUAGUGGGUAUACGGUUGUGGCGCCGGAUGGGGAUAGUGAGGUGCUUUGUGCGAAUACGGAGGAUUUGGGGGUUACGUGUACGUCUGGGGCUUCGGGGUGA